AGAACCGAACAUACGAAUCAAAAACACAUCAUAACUACUCACAUUUUGUUGGUUCUAAUUAUGAAGAAGGAUAUAUGCAAGGAAGGAUCAUCAAUCUCGAGAAACUCAUCGGUGGGAUACUACGAUGAGCGGAGGCCAGAGGGUAUUCCUUUCAAGUGGGAGAUGCAGCCAGGGACUCCCAUUAAUACUCAGCCACAGGAGGAUGUUCCUCCAUUAAGUCCUCCUCCGGCGAUGCUCAGCCUUGGCCUCCCCAAGCCAUCCAUCUCCAUCUCCAUCGAAGAGCCAAAGAACUUUGUGUUUCCAGCGAAGCUGAAGCUGAAGCUGCGGAAUUGGAAACAUCUUCAUUGCAAGAGAUAUUUUUCUAGAUUGACUAACAAAAUGGUUUUGUCUUCGAUUUGUUUGUACCAUAACAAACGCUAAAUGUGUAAAAAUGAAUCAAACGUAUGGAA